AUGCUGGAGGAAUCUUUAUCCGAUCAGCUGAUUCGCCAUGAGUGGGUCACACAGGGCACUGUCGAAGUUAAAGCACCUCCAAAGAUAGUUGAUACAGGGGGAGGAUUCUUUCUGGAAGAGGAAGAGAAGGACAAGAUUCAGAAAACUGUGGAUCCUUCAGAACCUCUACUAGAGUUUGAUGAUGUUUUCUGUGAAGACUGUGGGAAACAAUUUAUGAAUUCAUACCUCAUGCAACACUUUCAUUUGGCGAUAUGUGAUAAUUGCAGGGAUGCUGAAGAUAAGCAUAAGCUUAUAACAAAGACUGAGGCAAAGCAGGAGUACCUUCUGAAAGACUGUGAUUUGGACAAAAGAGAACCAGCACUCAGAUUUAUUUUGAAAAAAAACCCUCACAAUGCAAAUUGGGGUGACAUGAAGCUUUACUUAAAACUCCAGGUAAUAAAGCGUUCUCUUGAAAUUUGGGGCAGUGAAGAAGCAUUACAAGAAGCAAAGGAAGCUCGCCAAGGUACUAGAGAGAAAAUGAAACAGAAAAAGUUUGAUAAAAAAGUUAAAGAGCUCCGUCGAGCAGUUAGGAGCAGUUUGUGGAAAAAAGAAGCAGGCAUCCACCAUCAUGAGUAUGGACCAGAAGAAAAUAUUGAAGAAGAUAUGUAUAAAAAGACAUGUACUACGUGUGGCCAUGAGUUAACGUAUGAAAAAAUGUAGCAUGUCCUGAUUUUUUAUUGUUCCAAAAGUGCAUCUUUUUAAUAUUAAAUAUUUUCUGUCAAGGUAAAAUUAA